AACCGGAAAUGAUUUCUUUCCGGGAGGCUGUCGGAGUCUGAGCGUCAGGUGAGGGAGGGAGAAGGGGUGGAAGGCCCGAGUCCUGCGUUAGGUGUGCGUAAGGCUCUGCGUGGGUCCUGGAGGCGGUACUGUGUCGGUGUGUGGACCUUGCCUUCUCACUCGCGCAGAGGACUCCGUGGUUUCGUCGCCUCUCUCAGUUCCCCUAUGUUGUUGGUUGGGAGCGUCAUCUUGGAGAAGGGGCGCCUGCACAUCUCGGCGGAACAGGUUAAAGGUUAGAUUGUAAGAAAAGGAAAUAGAAGCCAUGUUUCGAAGACCUGUAAUGCAGGUCCUUCAUCAGUUUGUAAGACAUGAGUCUGAAAUAGCUGGCAGUUUGGUUCUCGAAAGAUCUCUGAAUCGUGUGCAGUUACUUGGUCGAGUAGGUCAGGACCCUGUCAUGAGACAGGUAGAAGGAAAAAACCCAGUCACAAUAUUUUCUCUAGCAACAAAUGAGAUGUGGCGAUCAGGGGAAAAUGAAACACACCAAAUGGGUGAUGUCAGUCAAAAGACAACGUGGCACAGAAUUUCAGUAUUCCGACCAGGCCUGAGAGAUGUGGCAUAUCAGUAUGUGAAAAAGGGGUCUCGAAUUUAUGUGGAAGGGAAAGUAGACUAUGGUGAAUAUAUGGAUAAAAAUAAUGUGAGACGACAAGCAACAACAAUUAUAGCUGAUAACAUUAUAUUUCUGAGUGACCAGACGAAGGAGAAGGCAUAGAGUGGACGAUUCUUCUUUGGCCAUUGUUUGGUACAGUCUCGUUUCUAAAUCUUGAUAGUCUUUGUAGUUUCUGAGGGCAAGAAUUAAAAUACUCUAUGUAAAAUGAGUGAUAAUAUUUUUCCUGACUGCUGUUCUCCUCCCCGUUUUUGUGUCAUGAACCUUGGUAGCUCCUGUAUGUUAUGGUAUUCACUAGUUGUUUAUUCUUUAAGAGAUGGUUUCUGUGUAUAGGUAUACGAAAUAGUGAACUGUUAGGUUCAUCCGUGUUAUGGCAGAGGGAUAACUGUCCUUUCGGAAGGCCCCCCCCCCCUUUUUUGUGCACACUUCUAUUAUAGUAUUGAUUUAGCCACUCAGUGUGUAUUGAGCAUUGCUGUACGUCAUACAUUUAUCCCAUGGUUGUAAAUACUGAUUUCCUUAUCUGUUUGGUUUAUAGACUAGAAGGCAAGAACUGUAUCUUCUUUAUGUACCUGCGUCUUAACCAUUGCUUGGCACAGAAUAGACAAUAAAUGUUGACACAUGAAUGAUCCCAACGGGAUAUUAAGCUUUAGCCUAAAUUGUAGGGGCUUGCUGAACAGUGGUUAAUAUAUAAUCUAAAUAGCCUCAAGAUGAACCUACAUUAUUCACGUCUUCUGUUUUUGGACAAUUUCACUAGUAGCAUUUGUGAAACAGAGUUUACUAGCAGUAAAGACCUAAAGUAUAACUAGGGAUGAAGUAGUCCAUCUCCAGGUGAUGACAUAGGCUCUGGUUUCACUAUUUUCUAUCUUUCUAAACCCCAUUCUCUGACCUUUUAGUCUCAUACAGAGCUCUCAGGGGAGUCCCUGCCUCUCUAGGUUAGCGCCCCAGGUAUGACAUUUUCCUCUUAUUUUGUACAUGGUCUCUUGAUGUACAUACUGUGUACAAUUGUGUACGCACAGUUACCUUUAUUAUAAGAUUCUGACAGAGUACUAGUAAUUUACUAGUAAAGAUUACAUAAAACGAACUCAGUUUUUUAAUGCAUCUUUUACUUUUACAUGUCCUCUCCCCUCUGCCUGAUAGAGUGUGGUGCUAACUGUAGCUUAGAUACUGCUGGACUUUAACAGGUUCAGAAUUCACACGUUAUUUUAUGGACCCUUGACUUUUUAUUUUAAGGUAUUUUCUGCACACAUCAGCAGCAUUUUGUACUCACAGUUUGGUUAAGGAAAAAUGGAGUUCCUUAGCUUUAUCCUUUCUUUUGCCCAGGAACAGUAGAAAAUUAAUUACUGUUUCCUCAUAUCAGCUAUCUUUAUUUAUUUUUAAAUUUUAAGUUUUUUUUUUCAACCAUGUUUUUCUUUUUUUCCUGUAGCUGGGACCAUUAAUCAGCAUAUUAAGUCUGCUCUCUUGAGUUCCCACAUUAAAACUGUCUGGUGAUGUAGUCCUCACUCCUUUACGCCACAUUCCUUAAGCAAAAUUGUAAAGUAGGUAAAAUUUGUCUUUCGGGCAACUUUUUGUUUUUUUCCUCAGCAAAGGUACUUUUAUGCUCCUUCAAAGUUGUGAGAAGUUAAUGCGGAUUAGUAUUCCUGUUUAAACUGAGUGAUGAAUCUGUGCUUUGGGAAAGUGACAUGGUGAACAAAACUGCUUAAUUACCAAACCCAAGCAAUUCUGAGUCCAGGGUGCAGGGGCAGAGAGUGUGUCCUCCAGGAUCCCCGUGAGCCGAGGGGCUCUCCUGCAGACUCCCACUGGAGAUUGCUUGAGAGGCUCUGCGGCUGGGCAGCAGGGCUUUCAGAGUCAGGUGUUCAGUGCAGAGGCCUCAGCGUGCGUGUGAUACUGCAGACCCAGGGUCCACGACCGGGCAGGCUGUGGGAGCAUAAACUCUGCCCUCCCCCGCAGGCAGCCCCGUCUCCUGAGAAACUUUCUACUGUUCCCAGCCUAGUCUCAGAGUAGAUCUGUGGAAUCUGAUAGCAGUAACAGACCGUAGGGGUCUUCUAGUCCAAGUUUUGUGUCCUGCAUUUCCUUUUUCCAUGUUCUUACGGUGUCAGGGAAUGUACCUGCAGAAAACUGCCCUGUGACUUGGAUUUUGGGAUUUUGGGUUAGGUAGAAAGAUGAGUAUGAUCCAUGGAAGUGUGGGAGAAAAAGUAUCAAACAGCAUGUGUGGUGUUAUUCCCAUAUUUGAAAAAGAAGUAAUUGAUAUGAAUACUUAGAAGAGUCUGGAAGGAGAAAAAUCAAAAUGCUCUGAUGAUCUCUGAGAAGAUUAUGUAUGAUUUUUCCUUACUUUUUACACUUUUGUAGUUUUUUCUUUUUUUUUUUUUUUUUUUCUUUUUUUUUAGCAUUGAGUAUGUAUUACCUUUAUAAGAAGAAGAAGUAAAUAAAGCUCUUUACAUUUUGGGGGAAAAAAAUCUUUCCAUUAUUUCCAAGCCAGGCUUGCUCUCCUCAUUCACCUUAAGCUAGUAGCACUUCAUGUGCUAGAGGUGAACAAGAUAUUCUUUCAUGCAUUUUUUCCCCCAUUAUCUGUAUUGUAACAUCUCAUGCUUAAACACUUCAUUUCUUUUUUUUUUUUUUUUCUUUUUUUCUUGUAUUCUCCUCUUAAUAAACGUACACAACCCAGAAUGGCUGACGUUAAAGACCAGCCCAGAUAAGACCCACUAUUUGCUGCGAGGUGCAGUUCUCAGAGAGUCAUCCAUGUCUUAAAAAUCGCUGCAUGAUUGAUCAGUCCAAAGACAUCUGAAAACACCAAAGACAUGUUUCUGUGGCUGUUUCGGGGAUUACUUGUCAUUGCCAACUGGGUUUCAGUCUAACCUUUGCAGCUCAUUUAGGGGAAAUUAAUGGUAAUUUCUCAUUGUUCCCAAAAGAUAUCGUGUAAUUCUUGAAGGCAGUGUUGUUUUUUACUCAGACUACCCUUUUGCCCUUGUCCAGCUCAGCAGAGCACAGUGACAUUUUAGGGCUUUGUAAAUGUGUGUUGUUCAGUUGGAUUGCCCUGAAACAUCAACAUGAAAGUGAGGGCAGGAUCACUUUACGUAUUUUGCUGUCAGGGUUUGCAUCAUGUGCCCUGAAGAUUUGGUGGGAGUAACAGCAAGCAGAUCAUUGUAGAAAAUGAGAGAUAAUCCCAAGGUUAAUGCGCUACAGAGAAAUAUCUUACAAGGUAACAGUAAUCAUAUUAACGGCUGACAUUUAUUAUGUACGUACCACCUGCACACAAGGCCCUGAGCUAAGUGCUUUUUAUCAUUGUCUCAUUUAACUAUUACCCUAAGAAGAAGGUAGUAUUAUCUCCAUUUUACAGGUGAGGAAACUUGAAAUGGAGAGGUUAAGAGACAUGUCAAAGUCACACAGCUUGUAAGAGGCACACCUGGGGUUUGAACUUGGGUACGUGAAGUUUGCAUUUUGCUUUCUGCCUACAGUCUCCCUCCUGCUGCCUUCCCACUCGCGUUGGCCCUACAUAACCAGAAACCCCACUGCUGACUUCUGACCAGCGCCCUGUGCAGGGUGCAUCUGGAUCACACCAGGAGUUCAGUACAUAAUAGGUUUUGGUUGAGGGGGAGAAUUACGAGUGAGGGAGAAAUACCUCUACCUCUUUAUUCUUUCUCAUCUUCAGUCCGAUGAUCCCACAGGAAGAUAAGUCACACUUAAUUUCUCUACCAGGUUAUCUUUACAUAUUCCUCUUCCUUUUUGUCAAGCAGUGUCUCUUUACUGGUUAAAAUAAGUUCAGUGUCUGCUCCUUUUAUUGUUACCUAUAAUUGUUUCCUUCCUACUGAGCAUUGAAAUUGUCAGGAAGAUUGUUCAAGAAUUUGUCAGGCUCACUUUUUAGAGAGUGAGGCUUUUGGCCUGCACCAACAGCACUGAAGUCCCUUCUCAAAACUACUAUACUUGGCCCCUGUGCUAGUCCCACAGUCUGUGAUAGGAUGAUGUGUAGCUUUUUCGGCUGUCAGAAUCAUGCAUCCACAAUAUUGAAAUUUUUCUUUUUCUCUCUUUACCCUUCAUCCAUUAGCUCUCUGCCAUGCUUUGGACCUUAGGGUCCUAUUUGUCCAAAUAAGUGUACAUCUUUUUUAGUUUUUCUGCUGUACCAGUCAUUUGGGAAAAAGGUGGUCUGUCAUAAUAGUUCACUUAAGGCUGUGCAGUCAGAAAGCCUGCAUUUGAAUUUUUGCUUUACUCGGAGCAGCUGGGUGAACUCUGGUGCGUUUCUUAACUUCCCACGCCUUUGAUUUUUGUUGUUUUGUUUUCCUGUGAAUAAAACAGGGAUAAUAGUAGUCGUACUUUUAUAGGCCUACUGUGAAGAACACAGUAAGUAAUACCUGUAACUUACUUAGUUAGCACGUAGUAACUGAAUCAAGUGCUCAAUACAUGCUGGCUAUUAUUACUGUUGUUGCAGUUAUUUUAAACAAGGUGUAUCUCUCUUUCAGUCACCAUGCCUGUCUCACCAAGUCUCAGGAGAUACUCAGGAGAGCAUUUUAAUUUCAGUUUAUCGUACUUGACUUUUUUUUGUUGAGUUAUUAAUGUCCGUGGAUUACUGAGCACGUAUUCCACUUUGGUCAUUUUUUUUCUUUGGUUUGUUGUUAAUCUUCUGUGGCUGUUUACAAUUAACCUGGGCAUCUUUUUGCACUCAGAGGCCACGUGGGCACCUGCUCUAUGCCAUGCAGCCGUACAGCGUGGAUGUAGGGGUGAAUAUGACAGGACUCCUGCACUGAAGGGACUCGCAGUGUAGGGUGGGGGAGGUUGGGUGGGGGAGGUAAAAGCAGGAGUGGUGUAGACAAGUGUGAUACGGUGGGAGGGACACUCUAGUCACGGUAGAAACAGAGUCCUGUGGGGCGCAGAAGAGAAUAGUUAGGUUAGUUUUCAGCAGAGGAAACAACACGAACGAAGGUCCAGAAACUUAAACGUAUACGAAGCAUUCAAAGAUAAAACACGAAAGGUAUUUGAGGCUAGAUUGUAAAGGGCGUUGAAAGCUUGCAGAGGACUUUGGCAGUGGGAUCCAUAGAAGGUUUUAAAAGAGGGACAUCUCAUCAGAAUUGUGCUUUAGAAAGAACUGUGAAGACAGUUGAAGGGUUAGAAGGAGCGAAGCCUGGCGGUAGUUAGGAAGCUACUGAAUAAGCCUGGAAAGGUUAGUAAAGUGGGGAUGAGAGGUGACACGAGGGAUGUUUAGGAUUCCCAUUGACUCAUUCAUCGCGUACCAACUAUGUGCCAGGUCCUGUGCUAGGCUCUGGGUUGGAGAUAACCGAGAACGCAUAGCUCCUGUCCAGGAUCUAGUGGUGACAGCAGAGGUGUUGGUGGUAAGAGAAAAGGCAAUCAGAAGAUAAUUUUUUUUCCCUAAAUUUUAAUACUUUUACUUAAGCCAACGAAUACAAAAUAUUCCAACAUGUCAAUAUAAAAAGUCAUCAAGGGAAUAUCAUACACUCCCCUCCCAUCCGUCCUCAGUCUUGGUGUCCGGUGUGUGUUACACUUAGUCCCGGUCACGCUGUCCGGCCGCAAUUUAGAGCUCGGUGGCCUCUAGUGACCCCCCUGGUGGACUGCGUGGGUCUACCCGGGUGCCUGAAACCGUCCCAGAGGCCACUUCGUGGGACUCCAGAAGAUAAUUUUGAAACUUCUGCUUGGGCAGCUGUGUAGAUGAUGACGUUUUAUUAGAGACUAAGGAACAUGGAUGUGGCCGCAGAUUUGAGAAGAGCGAAGAUAAUGAGUUUAGUUUUGAAAAUAGUUUAACUGUAGACUUUCUAGCUUAUAUUUGGGAGGGUGAAGGUUAACGAGUCUGGCGCUCAGAAGAGACGCUGAGGCAAGAGUGACUUUCUUUUUCUUCUGCCAGACACAUUGUAAGCAGAUUUUUGUGAGAUAACUUUCAGAUGAUGCCAGGAUUCCAGCUUCCUGUUGUGGAAAACCAUAUUGUGGGAAGGAUUUCCAGUUGCCUACCUGUUUUACGAUGUACAUGGGAUUUGUUCUAAUCAGGAAUGGUAUGAUGACAGACACAGAGACAACUGCCUUUGAACGAAGAGUUUAUUACUUACAGUUCUCAAGAGGAGGGCGUGCAACACCACCAUGCCAGGACCACACGGAGAGGUACCAGGGUAGGUCAGGAGGCAGAAGGAGCGAGGGAAAAGCAUGGGUCAGAGCUUUUAUUGUUUUUUUCAUGGGGAAAGAAUGGGUGAGACAGGAUAGGAGAGCUGAGCAAGUUUAGGAUUGGACAGUUUGAACACAUUUCAGCAGGCAGUGGGUAAUAAGGGGUGGUCCCUAGUUGUCAGGUACCUUGCCCUGGGGUGAUUUCAGGCAGAGGAAUAGUGUCCUGGACUUCAGGAGCCUGAUGAAAGGCUAAUGAGGGGUAUGAACUCAGGGUUGCUUGGUGUGCAUAUCAAAGGCAUGCUCGUGGACAAGUCCUUUACUAUUUCUAGGAAUCCGCUAUCAUGUGGGGGUGGAGUGGGGAAAGUCCCUCCCAGGGUCUGCCAGGCCCCAAGAUGUCAAAGCAUCGUAAAAUACAGAAAAUGAGAAACGUCAUUAAAAAAAAGAAGAAACGUUGUUAUUAUGAUACCCAAUAUCUAUUACUCCUUCUACAUUUACAGAACCCAUAUUUUAUUGGGGAUGACAGUGUGAACAGCUAAAAUAUUGUAUUUCUAUUCUCCUUUGCAGUUAAGGAUUGCUAAGGGGCUAUAAGCAGAAGUUAUUUGAUGGUGUUUCCAGGGAAGUUCCUUCAGUGAACUAACUCUGUUGGGAGGCUCAUCCUGUGUGCUUCUCUAAACCCUCAUUUGGCUUUUUCUUGUCUGAAAUGUGGACAUUGUGGCUGAAUCUCCACUAGUGGUCUUGGAGCAUGAUACAAUCUUCAGGAUGGAAGACAGAAGAAGAUGGAAUCUGUGAUGACCAUGGAACCACCAUACCAGUCCUGGACAGUCUACUUCUGGACUUCUUUUGGAGACACAAAUAAAUCUCUACCUUGUUUAAGCCA